GUCAUUAACAAGUGGACACACGUAGAACUAGGCCUACGUAGAACAUUCAGAGACACAUAUUUUAAUAUUCCACUCCAAUUUUUAAAUUCUCUUUUCUAUUUAAAAAAUCAAUGAAGCAGAAUCUCAUCGAACGAAGAAUCUCAGAUACGGCAAAGCGAACUUUGAUAUUGAAGCUGCAUAGGGAUUAGGUUUUGUGAUGGGAGUUGUGUUUAUUUCGAGUUCCGCUGCAAGAUCUCCUCUAGGGUUAAGCACUGAUCUCUUGACGCAUCGGUCUUCACUCAAAAAGCUGCCGUCCAUUGUUGCUUUCAAAGCUGAUGAUUCCACGAGCAACUCAUCUUUGAUCGUUCCUCCUGAACAAGUUUUGGAGAAGCAAAAGGAGAAGAGAGUAGUAGUAACUAGGAGGAAGCCGAAGGCACCGAAUCAAAACUUGGCUCCUUCGUGUCCGUUAGGAGUGGAUUACAACGAAGCUGCUGCUAGACUAGAAAGCAUUUACAAACUCAGCCCUCCUGCAACAACACUGGAGGAGGAUGGUAUCGACGGCGGCGGCUCCAAAGGGAAAGUUUCACGGAGGAGGAAGAGGAAAGAGAGUGGUGGUGGUGUUGAAGAGAAGAAAGUAGUAGUUGUGAUCAGGAGUAAUGGGGGGAAGAAGGAAAAGAGACUGGAUCUUGAUAAACGGAUCGCGUUGAAGAGAAACGUUCAGGAGAAACAAGUUAUCGUUUCGGCUCAUAAGAAAGUAACAAAGAGGCAGCAAGAGGAAGAGGAGAAGAUGAAGAGGCUUGUGAGAGACUACUCUGCUUCUAAUGAUGUAGUCAGCUUGGACUGGAAGAAAAUGAAGAUACCUCCUGUUCUUUCUUCUUCUGAACAUGUUUGGUUGUUUAAGUUGAUGCAACCUAUGAAGGCUCUUCUUCAAGUGAAAGAUGAAUUGCAACAGAGCUUGGGAAGAGAGCCUAGGGAAGCUGAAAUAGCUGGAGAGAUCAAUAUGAGUGUGGCUGAAGUGAAAAUGAAAAUCAAAGUUGGUAAAGCUGCAAGGAACAAACUUAUUAAGCACAAUCUCCGCCUUGUUUUGUUUGUUAUGAACAAAUACUUUCAAGAUUUCACCAACGGACCGAAGUUCCAGGACCUCUGUCAAGCCGGUAUGAGAGGGCUUAUCACAGCAAUAGACCGGUUUGAACCGAAAAGGAAGUUUCGUCUUUCCACUUAUGGUUUGUUUUGGAUUAGACAUGCCAUCAUACGGUCUAUGACAACCUCAAACUUUACUCGUGUCCCAUUUGGACUUGAAUCGGUUAGAGUUGAGAUCUAUAAAGCAAAGAUGGAGCUAUUGUUUGAGCUAGGAAUACUCCCUACAGAGGAAGAGGUAGUUGAGAGACUCAAGAUAUCACCUGAGAGAUACCGUGAAGUCUUGAGAGCUGCUAAUCCGGUUUACUCGCUGAACUCAAAACAUUCGGUUACUCAAGAAGAGUUCAUCAAUGGAAUCACAGAUGUUGAUGGUGUAGGAGCUGAUGACAGGAGACAACCUGCUCUUCUCAGGCUCGCUCUCGACGACGUGCUGGAUUCGUUGAAGCCUAAAGAGAGUCUUGUUAUUCGACAAAGAUACGGUCUUGAUGGGAAAGGAGACAGGACACUAGGAGAGAUAGCUGGUAAUCUCAACAUCUCUAGAGAAAUGGUGAGGAAACAUGAAGUCAAAGCCUUGAUGAAGCUCAAGCAUCAGGCUCGUGUUGAUUACCUUCGUCAAUACAUCAUCUGAAAACCAAAUCAAACCAAAUCAAACCAAAUCAAACCGAACAGAACCGCCUCACUCAACCAUUUGAGCGCGUACUUGGUAUGAUUCCUACUUCAAACCGUCUUAUAACGUUGGUAUAGUUUGUGUAUAUGUUAAUCAGAGUUACUUAUAGCUGCGUAAAUUUGAUCCGUGAAUAGUAAAUGUUGUAUUAUAUCAUUGUACUAAACAGAUACCAAAAAGUUAUACAUGUAAAGUCCGAGACUUGGUAUACAAUAUGUUACAAAACCGAGCCAGUAUUAUCUGUUGUUUCCUUUUA